AUGGCUGCUGCUAAGAAGAAGUCCGUUGGCGACCUCAAGGGUGCGGACCUCAAGGGAAAGAAGGUUCUCAUCCGCUGCGAUCUCAACGUCCCCCUUGAUGGCAAGAAGAUCACCGACGACACCCGCAUCAGGGCCUCCGUCCAGACCUUGAAGUACCUCCUCGACAACGGUGCUCGUGUUGCUGUCUCUUCCCACUUGGGUCGUCCCAAGGAUGGUCCCGAGGACAAGUUCUCCCUCGCCCCCUGCGCCACCCGCCUCGGAGAGUUGCUCGGCAAGGACGUGAAGAUGGCAAAGGACUGCAUCGGUGACGACGUGACCAAGCUCGUCGAUUCCCUCAAGGACGGAGAGAUCUGCCUCCUCGAGAACACCCGCUUCUACAAGCAGGAGGAGAAGAACGACAAGGAGUUCUCCAAGAAGCUCGCCGCUCCCUUCGACAUCUACGUCAACGAUGCCUUCGGUACCGCUCACCGUGCUCACUCCUCCACCGCCGGCGUUACCGAGUUCAUCCCCACCUCCGUGGCUGGCUUCCUCCUCCAGAAGGAGCUCGACUACCUUGAUGGAGCUGUUGCCAACCCCAAGCGCCCCUUCGCUGCCAUCGUCGGAGGCUCCAAGGUUUCCUCCAAGAUCGGAGUGAUCGAGUCUCUCCUCGGCAAGUGCGACAAGCUCGUCAUCGGAGGCGGCAUGGUCUUCACCUUCCUCAAGGCCCGCGGCCUCAACGUCGGCUCCUCCCUCGUCGAGGAGGACAAGCUCGAGCUCGCCAAGUCCCUCGAGAAGAAGGCUGCUGAGAAGGGAGUCAAGUUCAUCCUCCCCACCGACGUCGUCCUUGCCGACAAGUUCGCCGCCGACGCCAACACCAAGGUCGCCAGCGUUUCCGACAUCCCCGACGGCUGGAUGGGUCUUGACAACGGCCCCGAGUCCACCAAGAUGAUCCAGAAGGAGCUUUCUGACUGCAACACCAUCAUCUGGAACGGACCCAUGGGUGUGUUCGAGUUCGAGAAGUUCGCCAAGGGCACCAACGACGUCGCCAAGACCCUCGCUGAGUGCACCAGCAAGGGAGCCAUCACCAUCAUCGGAGGAGGAGACUCCGUCGCUGCCGUGGAGAAGGCCGGGCUCGCCGACAAGAUGUCCCACAUCUCCACUGGUGGAGGAGCCUCGCUCGAGCUCCUCGAGGGCCUCGUCCUCCCCGGCGUUGCCGCCCUCACCGAUGCCUAA